AUGAGGUUUGGUCUGAAAGCCGGCGGCCUUCUUUGGCUUGCCGCGUCGCUUUGCGGUUCGCAGAGCGCCUUAGCUCAAGAUGUUGACUGGCCGAUUCAUGACAAUGGUCUCAAUGAAGUUGUCCAAUGGGAUCACCACAGCUACAUUGUGAACGGAGAGAGACUCUUCGUCUUCUCUGGCGAGGUAUGGCGACUAACUAAUUCCCUCCCCGAACUCUGGCGAGAUCUCCUCGAAAAGGUCAAGGCGGCUGGCUUCAAUGCAUUCUCCAUCUACAACCACUGGGGUUACCACAACCCCACGCCCGGUGUCUUGGACUUUGACACCGGCGCUCACAACUUCACCUCCAUCAUGACCGUCGCCAAGGAACUCGGCAUCUACCUCAUCAUCAGACCUGGACCCUACGUCAACGCCGAGACGAACGCCGGCGGCUUCCCUCUCUGGGCCACCACUGGCGCCUACGGCUCUCUGAGAAACGACGACGAGAGAUACACUGCGGCGUGGACCCCCUUCUGGUCGGAGAUUUCCAAGAUCAUCAAGCCCCAUCUGAUCACCAACGGCGGAAACGUCAUCAUGUUCCAGAUCGAGAACGAACUCAACGGGCAGUGGAAGGAUAUUGCUAAGAGAGUCCUGAACCCGCCCAUCGCCAACUACAUGCAGCUUCUCCAGGACAGCGCCCGGGAGAAUGGAAUCGACGUGCCUCUUUCUCACAACGCCCCCAACAUGCGCGGCUUUUCCUGGUCCAAAGACUUUUCCAAUGCUACUGGAAACGUCGAUGUCGUUGGCGUUGACAGCUACCCUUCAUGCUGGAGCUGCAACUUGAGCGAGUGCACCGGCACAAACGGAGCCUAUAUUCCCUACCUGACUCAAGAUUACUACUCCUACUUCACAAUCCAGUCGCCGUCGCAACCCAACUUCCUUCCUGAGUUCCAGGGCGGUUCCUACAAUCCCUGGGGAGGACCCGAGGGUGGCUGCCCCAGCGAUAUUGGCGCCGACUUCGCCAACAUCUUCUACCGCGAUCUCAUUUACCAGAGAGUCACCGCAAUUUCCCUUUACAUGAUGUUUGGCGGAACCAACUGGGGCUGGCUCGCUUGUCCCGUCGUUGCUUCGAGUUACGACUACUCUUCUCCGGUAUCCGAGAACAGAAUCAUCGGCAGCAAGUUCCACGAGACAAAGCUUUUGACUCUGUUCACCAGAGUGGCCAAGGAUCUGACAAAGACUGAAAGAGUCGGAAACGGUACUGGCUACACCACCAACUCAGCCAUCACCGUGUCUGAGCUCCGCAAUGUCGACAACAAUGCGGCAUUCUACAUUGCCCGUCACGCAUACUCCCCUUCAAACACCAACGAGGCUUUCAAGCUCUCUGUCAACACCUCUCAGGGUGCUCUCACCAUCCCCCAGCAUGGUAGCUCGAUCGCCAUCAACGGCCACCAAGCCAAGGUCCUCGUUACCGACUUCAGAUUUGGCGAGAAGACGCUCCUCUAUUCCACCGCCGAGGUUCUUAGCUACACCAUUCUCGACGGCCAAGAGGUCAUUGCCCUUUGGCUUCCCGAGGGCGAGGCUGGCGAGUUCACAGUCACGGGCGUCGAUUCUGCCAAGCUUAUUGGUGACGGCAACGUUGCCGACUUCAACGUCUACCCUGGCGAGAGCAACGUCACCAUCGCGUACACGCAGAAGAAGGGCAUCACGCUCGUCGACCUCGGUGAUGGCUCCCGUGCCGUCCUUCUCGACCGCAGCGCCGCCUACCUCUUCUGGGUUCCCGUGCUUGACAACGACCCCUUUGCCCCGGCCAACAAGACUGGUGAGUUUGUUCUCUUCGUCCAGGGACCUUACCUCGUCCGCCACGCUGCCUUCAACGAGACUGGGCGCAGCCUGGCGCUCUCUGGAGACGCCGACCAGGAGACCACCAUCACCGUCUUCGCCUCUGAGUCCAUCUGCGGCAUCACCUGGAACGGCAAGAAGCUCGAGCUCCUUUCGAGAGAGGGCAACGUUUUCACCGCCAAGAUCGAGGGCCCUGCUAAGUUUGAGGUCCCCGCGCUCGGCCCCUGGAAGGUUCACGACAGCUUGCCUGAGAUUGCUACCGAUUACGAAGCCACCUCUGACAGCUGGGUUGCUGCGACCAAGACCAACACCUCCAACACCGUCAAGCCCGCCUCCAACAACCCUGUCCUCUACGUAGACGAGUACGACAUCCACGUCGGAAACCACAUCUACCGCGCAACCUUCCCGACCUCCGAGUCCGCCCCGACUGGCGUCUUCCUCAACGUCACCGGCGGCCUGGCCUUCGGCUACUCCGUCUGGCUCAACUCCGAGUACGUUGGCUCCUACCUCGGCCUCUCUUAUCUUGGAGCCGACGCCAGCUCCUUCUCCUUCGAGAACGCGACUCUAUCCAAGACCGGCGACAACGUCCUGGUCGUCAUCAUGGAUAACUCGGGCCACGAUCUGCGUGAGGCGGCGCUCGCGCCCCGCGGCAUCACCAACGCGACGCUCCUCGGCCCCGACGCCGCGAACUACAAGUUCUCCGAGUGGAAGAUUGCCGGCACCGCUGGCCGCAACGACCUCAUUGACCCCGUUCGCGGUCCCAUCAAUGAGGGCGGCCUGUACGCCGAGCGCGUUGGAGCCCAUCUUCCCGGAUACCCCGACGCAGACUGGGAGUCCUUUGACUCCGCCAACGGGUCUCUCUCCGUUCCUGAUGCCGGCAUCCGCGUCUUCCGCACCGUUGUCCCGCUCGACGUCCCCGCUGGCCUCGAUGUCUCCAUCUCGUUCCGCCUCACUGCCGCUACCGAUGAUACGAACCGCCUUCGCGCACUUCUGUUUGUCAACGGCUACCAGUAUGGUCGCUUCAACCCGUACAUCGGCAACCAGGUUCAGUUCCCUGUGCCGACUGGUGUUCUCAACUACAACGGAGACAACACGAUUGCUGUCACCGUCUGGAGUCAGGCUGCGGAGGGUGUUGCCUUGAAUGUUGAGUGGCAGGCGGAUUACGUCCACACUUCUAGCUUCGAUAUGAGCUUCGACAGCAAGUCUUUGAGACCUGACUGGGAUGAGAGCCGUUCGGCAUUUGCCUAG